AUGCUCGGCCGACUGGAAAUGUCCAUUGAUCAGUGUAUUGAGGCAUAUACCGGUAUGAUGGACGUUAUAUUUGACCCCAAAGACAAGAAAAAGCUGCCAUUCAAGAUUCGUAAUGGCAAAGUUCAGCCUCAGUACAAGACAAAGUACAUGGAGCAGGCGAUCAAGCAGGUGAUGUCCAACGCUGGGUGGACAUCGGAUGACAGAUUCAGAGGGUCGAAGAACUCGAGUUGUAAAACGGUCGUGAUUGCUUUGACGGCAGAAGGCAGAGCUCCGACACGCUUUACAGAUUACGAGAGACCUGGCGAGCACUCUAACUUCUAUAAUGAAGUCAAGAUCUGGGAAGUAGCUCGUGCUACGUCGGCGGCAACAUCUUUCUUCGCACCGAUGGAAAUCACACAUGCUGGUGAGCCCAGGCGCUUUCUUGACGCAGGUAUCGGAUCCAACAAUCCUAUCAAUGAAUUGUAUCUGGAAGCAAUGUCGCAAUUCGACAAAUCUGAAGAAGAGUUUGACAAGCAGAUUCGGGUAUUAGUGUCUAUUGGUACCGGCAGGCCAGCAUUGCAUGGAUUCGGUGAGAAGGUUACCGAAGUUGCAAAGAGUAUUGCUUCUAUUGCGACUGAAACCCAGGACACAGCGAAUACGUUCCAUCUGACGCACAGAAAACUGGCCAACCGGGGUGGAUACUUCAGGUUUAAUCCUCCCGACCUUUCUGAAGUGGCGAUUGACGAGUCGAGCAAAAAAGGUAUUAUUGCGUCGCGAACUGAUACGUAUGGCAAUGACGCACAUACCUUGGAGAUGGUAGAGCGCUGGGUGGCUGUGGCCGGAUUUGAGAAAAGUGCGUCGACCCUCAUUGAAUCAAUUGAAAUGAUAGAUUUCACCUAA